AUCUGUUACAGAACAUUUGACCUGUAAAACAGUCGGCCUUGUUGUUCUUGUUGUGCACCAUGAACUUCGACUACCGUAACCACUAAAAUUCAGCGCCUUGGCUUGACCAGGGUCGCGGUACUUUAACCUAUAGACCAGCCAGCCUUCAGUUGACCGAGACUUCUCGUUGACUACAGGUUGGGGUCGACAAAAUGGCGCUGCUACACGGAAACGACUACUGUGACAAGUUUUCAGGCGACAUUUUCUUCAAGGAUUUCUGGGGAUCUCUUGGCGAUCUGAACAUAUUUUUAAUAUCCAACACUUACACCUUCCUCAACGAUGAAAGACUGACCGGACAUCGACUCCUUGACCUGGGUUGCGGUCCAGCUCUCUGUGGGGUGAUCACCACGCCAGAACGAUUCACAGGCAUUGUCAUGGCUGACAUUGCACCGUCCAACCUCGAUAACAUUAGGCGCUGGAUGGACGGAGAAAAGAUAAACUUCAAUUGGGAUCAAAUUCUCAGGUUUACAGCAGAAUUAGCUGGUGCCAAAGAUGUGUUAGAGUGGACUGAAAGAAAGAUUAGUCACCUAAAGACAUCCGUGAAGAAACUUGUCACUUGUGACGUCACAGAGAAACUGCCAUUAGGACCAGACUACGCUGAGGCAUUAGAUGUCAUAUUUACCAGUUUCUGUAUUGGUUGCGCUGCAAAAAGUAUCGCUGAAUACAUACAGUUGCUGAAAAAUAUUUCCUCCCUUAUUAAACCUGGCGGCCAUCUUCUCAUACGCGGUGAAUUGAACGCAUCUGCUUAUACAGUUGAUAACAAAAUGUUCCAUCAUCUUUCACUUUCGACGUCUGAUGUGAAGGAUUCCUUAUGCAGUGCCAAGUUUGAGGUUCUGGAAUAUAAAUCUGAGAAUUUCCCUAUCGCCAUGCCUCAUUGUGAGGCUAUCGAAUACGGAGUCUUUGUAUUGUUGGCAAGAAAGAUAUAAAGUUAUAUGUGUAUAUAUGUGAACAUAAGUAUGUUUAUAUGUAUGAGUGUUUGUGUAUGUAUAUCAUGCCUGUACAUGUGUAUUUUAAAAAUACUGAGUUUAGCCCUGUUCCCAUGCAUACAUGAGUAUUAAACUAGUAAAUAAAUAUACGUCGGGUGAGUAUAUCUGUUAUGAGAACGCAUUUGCAUACGGGUUAAUAUAUACUCCUGGAUUAUAUUUGUACGAGCAACAGAGGUCAUGUAAAAGUAUAUUUGAGUAUGAAUAAAUUUACUUGCUUCGCAAAUCUUGUCAUGUGAACAGAUUUCCUAUUCGCUCAUGUAAGCAAACAAUUGAAAACAGAUUUCACAAAUGUUCUAUGUGACACAAUUACAAUCUAUUACAUGUACAUCAAACAUGUGCAUAUAUAGACAUAUUUUGACACUGGCAGUCAGACAUCACGUGACCAGCACUGUCUAGUACUAUAAUUAGUCUAAUUUAUAAACUUAACAAUUUCUUUGUUCAUAAUGGCUGCCAAGGGAAAGGAUACACGCUGUUCUUCGUGGUCAGACGAGGAAACCGAAUGUUUAUUCAAUAUGUGGCAGAAAAAUGUUAUAGAAAACCAACUAAAUGAUCCGAAAAGAAAUAACUUAUUAAUCUACCAAAUGGUGUCUUGUGAGAUGAACGAAUUUGGGUAUAACAAAUCUAAUAUACAGUGCAAAAUUGAAAUGCACAUGUUGAAAAGAUGCAAGACAAAUCUAAACACUAGUGGUACAGGAAGAAAACGUGUAUAUAUUUUACAAAGUUGAUUGACAUUUUUGGUGAGCGUCCUGCAACGUCGCCUGCGAAAUUAGUAGAGAGACUGAACCAAAAGAGAAGCAAAUCACAUACUGCUGAUUCAGAAAGUGACAUUGUAGAGGACACACAAGAAAACAAUACAGGCAGUACACAACUAUUUGAUGACAGUGACACUGAUAAUGAGGAACUAGUGUAUCUGCGGACACUGAUAAUGUUAACGGCGAUAUAAAUGACAAACCAACUGAAGAAAGGACAGAAGGGGACGAAGAGAAGAAAGAAAUCUGUAAAACAAAAAAUAAGCAAUAAAUCAUCAGAAACGAAGCCCAGAAAAACGCGUUUGUCAACUGUUAUAACAACAUUUGGGGACAGAAACAAUAAAUUCUAAACAACACUUUUGGCAUUAGAGAGCUGAUGCGGAACUGAAGAAAAUAGAACUUGAGAAGCAGAAACUAGAAUCGGAAGAGAGAUAGAAAACGCGAAGAACGGGAGCACCAGAAUGAUGCAAAUGAUAAUUGGAAGAACGAAUGCUCAGCAUGCACCUCAAGAGACUAUAUCGUCUACAUCGUAUGAUACCCAAUGGACAGUGUCUACACCUCAUUAAUAAUGUUAUAAUACACCACAUAUUCGAUUAGCUUGCAGACAGUCAAAUAUUUCUUAUGACAACACAGGUGGAUCAAAUUAUGAUAUGUAAAUCAUUCCAACAUGUAUGAUAACACGUAUAUUAGCCCUCACAAAUGAGUGGCUGCAAGUACAUGUCCUUCCUUUUAUUAAUGACCAUUAAUGGCCACUCUAAGGUCCAGGUGGAGUGGUUCCUGCACUGGUGUGUAGCAGGUUUAAACAAACUUGGGCGAAGCUCUUCACACAGAAAAUAGAAUGUUUCUUUUGUCGUUCGAAAGUUGUUAACCCAUUGAUCAUUAUCAAAUGUUUCCAUCACAAUAUAUUGCCACCAUUCACGAGAUAGUUCCCUCAUCUAAAAUCUCUUUUCCUGAGCUAAUCCAAGAACAAGACCUGCGCUUUAGUAAUAUUGAAAAGCUCUCCUCUUGCAAUAAGCAGACUACACAUGUCGGACGCUGUUAACCAAUUGAUAUUUUUACAAAACUGAUAUAUAGAGGAUACUCUCCGAGUGUCUUGUGAUAUCAUAAUUUAUCAGCACGAGUUGAUAAAAGUAUGAAAUCCGAGGUUGCCGAGGAUUUUUAUACUU